AUGUCUGCCUCCAAUCACAGCUGGGGCCACGGCCUCGGACUCAGCUCCGGUCAGAGAGAACCCAUAUACGACUUGUUGACACCCUUUCAAAGUAUGCCAAAGGAGAUGACCGGGCGUUCAAUCUGGACGAAAGAAGAGCUCCAGAACGAGCCGAGCAGAUGGAUUCGUUGCUGGAAUAGCAGCGAGGUGAAGCAAAUUGAGCAAGCCAUUCAACAUGUCGAGAAGCAGAAGCUACCCCUCGCAGAGGUAGACCGUUCAACUUUUAGGCUGCCUGCUGACCUUGCAGCUACGCUGUCAGAGGUCAGAGAUGAGCUCAUCAACGGUAUUGGUUUCGUUGUACUGCGCGGUCUGCCGGUUCAAUCGUGGACAACCCGCCAAGCUUCCAUUGCUUACCUUGGAAUUGGCUCAUAUAUCGGACGCCGAGUGAGCCAGAACCGUCAGGGACAUAUGCUUGGUCAUGUCAAAGACCUGGCAGAGGGCAAAGAGGUCAAUGGUGAGGGACGGAUCUAUCGGACGCAGAAGGCACAAACGUACCACACUGACGAGAGCGAUAUCGUCGGGCUGCUCUGCCUGCACAAGGCUAUGUCAGGUGGACAGUCGCAAGUGGUCUCGACCCAACACAUAUACAAUGUCCUGCGGAACGAACGGCCUGAUGUGCUCGAACAAUUGUGCAUACCACAUUGGUUCUACGACAGGAAAGGAGAAACGAGCGAAGGGGAAAAUGAGUGGAUGCGAACACCGGGGUACUACUACUAUCAGGGCAAGCUGAGCAUGAAAUGGGAUUCGUACUAUGUCGGCGCAUUGCAAAGGUUCUGGGAAGCUGGGUUGCUCCCAGAAUACACUGAUGCUCAGCGGGAAGCGGUAAAAGUCAUGGAGGAGACAUGUCAACGGCUUUGUCUGGAAAUGAUACUGGAGCAAGGCGACAUUCAGUUUGUGACGAAUACCCACAAUCUGCAUGCUCGGUCGGAAUAUCAGGAUGCGGCUGAUCCGACGAAGAAGCGCUGGUUACAGAGACUGUGGCUGGCCACUUCGGAGGAAGAAGGGGGUUGGCCGUUACCUUUUGCUGAUUCAAAAUACUUGAAGAGAGGAGGCGUUCAAGUUAACAGAACGCCAGAAUCGUACCCUUUGGAAGCGGAGUAGGAC